UCUUGCUGCUCUUCCCCCAGAGCUUUGCAGCCCCAGUCCCUGACAUGGCACCCGGGAAGCCUGGCAAGAGCACGGGGGCCUCGGAGGACCCCUCAGUUACGCUUUUCCGGGAGUACCUGAAGAUUGACACCGUCCACCCCAAACCUGACUAUGAUGCAGCUGUCCGGUUUCUGGAGCGUGUCGGCACCGACCUGGGCUUGGCGUGCCAGAAAGUGGAGGUAUGCCAAGGCCGCGUGGUGCUGAUCCUGACUUGGCAGGGCACAAAGCCCCGCCUGCGCUCCAUCCUUCUCAACUCCCACACUGACGUCGUGCCCGUCUUUGAGGAGCACUGGACCUACCCACCCUUUGAGGCUGUUAAGGACUCACAAGGCAACAUCUACGCCCGGGGUGCCCAGGACAUGAAGUGUGUCUCCAUCCAGUACCUCGAGGCCAUCCGGAGGCUGAAGACAGAGGGAAAGUGUUUUGCCCGCACCAUCCACCUCACCUUUGUGCCUGACGAGGAGGUGGGCGGACACAAGGGCAUGGAGAUGUUUGUGCAGUGCCCCGAGUUCAGAGCGCUCAACGUGGGCUUCGCCCUGGAUGAGGGCCUGGCCAGCCCGUCUGACACCUUCAGCGUCUUCUAUGGCGAGAAGAGCCCGUGGUGGAUAAAGGUGAAGUGCGUGGGUAGCCCCGGGCAUGGGUCCCGCUUCAUCAGCAACACUGCGGCCGAGAAGAUGCACAAAGUCAUCACCUCCUUCCUGGCCUUCAGGGAGAGCGAGAAGCAGAGGCUCAAGUCCGACUCAAGCCUGACCCUAGGGGACGUCACCUCGCUCAACAUGACCAUGCUGGAGGGGGGCGUCUCCUUCAACGUGGUGCCCUCCGAGAUGGCAGCCAGCUUCGACAUCCGCAUACCACCCACUGUGGACCUGAAGGCCUUCGAGGAGCAGGUGGCUGCGUGGUGCCGUGAUGCUGGGGACGGUGUCACCUAUGAGUUUCACCAGAAAUGCAUGGACCAACACAUCACCUCCACCGAGGAGUCGGACCCGUGGUGGAAGGCCUUCAAUGGGGUCUGCAGGGACAUGAAGCUGCAGCUCAAGCUUGAGAUCUUCCCGGCUGCCACCGACAGACGCUACAUCCGAGCAGCAGGACACCCCGCUAUCGGUUUCUCGCCCAUGAACCGCACCCCAGUGCUGCUCCACGACCACAACGAGUUCCUCAACGAGCAAGUCUUCCUGCGGGGCAUCGACAUCUACGCCCGCCUCCUGCCUGCCCUGGCAUCGGUGCCCCCGCUGCCUGCCGAGGGCUGAACACCCCAGCGAGGGGCAGGAUGGCGG